UAUUUUUCCGCUUAUUUUCAUUAGAAUUUUUUUUAAAGAAAAUGAAGUGAAGAGGUCAUAUCACGUUUACAGAGGAUAUUGAUUUUCUCUCUACAUUAGAAACAAUCAAAACACAAAAAUUUGCUCCGCAAUAAUUUGCUAAAGUUUCUUGAUAAAUUAAAAGAAAAAAUAAUAUCUUUAUAAACUGCGUAAGUUUAACACUACGUGGUGUAGGUCGAACUAAAUUAGAAAACGUCAUCGUGUUGAUGAAAAAGAUAGGUGUCUAGAAUUUUUCACAUUAGGCUAAGAUAAAGAUGUCUUCUCGUGCAUUGAAGAAAUUGCAAGGAGGCAUAGAAAAGGAUUUAUUGCUUGAUGAAAAGGAUGCUCAUGAUGAUGAUCAGCUAAGUGACGAAGAUGAUGAACUGGAAACAACACGGAGUAAACAUCUAAAUCCCUUUGAUUUGUUGAAUCAACAAAGUCUCUCCGAGAGCGAAGUUAAGGAAGAUGAUAACGAAACCGAACAUGCAUCGACAGCCGCAAAUUUGCCAAGUGGCGCCGUUGGUGGAGGUGCAGCCAAACAAAAGAAAAAGAAGAAACGCAAGAAGAAGACAAAGUAUACCGGCAACCACAUUAGCAGUGAGGAUAAUGAGCUCACAGACAAAUAUCUCAGUGAUAUUGAUUCACUUAUUGGAAAAGUGCAUGAUGCCACAAAUCAAAAUCAGAAAAUACAUCCUCCACGCAUAGAAAUCGAUAAAUCUUUGCUGACUGUCGAACUGAAGCAUCUAAAUCCACAAAAUGAGAUGAGACGCACCUUUGGGAAACGUGUCGUUAAAAUUGAAAAUAAACGAGGACGUCAAAAGUUGACCUUGAAAUCUACAUAUAUGGUCACAGCCAAAGAAUCUUGGCCGCCAAUCACGAAGAACAUCAUAACAAUGAAACCGGUGCAGUUGCCAGAACAAUUAGCUGGUAGCAGCAGCAGCAGCAGCAAUAACAUUAAUUCAACAGAAAAGAUUCAAUGGUUUGCUUUCGAACAUAGUCAAUAUUAUCAGGGUGUGCAAAAUCUGUUUCUGCAAGCAGUGGAACGCACUGAUUCCGACUACUUUAUUAGUUUGAUAAGACGUUGUCCGUAUCAUGUUGACUCGUUAAUACAACUGAGUGAAUUGUGUAAAAUGACAGAGAACUUCAGCUUGGCUGCUGAACUCAUUGAACGUGCUGUUCUAGUGCUGGAAUCUUCAUUGCACCCAAGUUUCAGUUUGACUUCGGGCAAUUGUCGCCUGGAUUAUCGUCGCCAAGAGAAUCGAUCUUUCUUUAUUACAUUAUUCAAGCAUGCUCAAUACUUGGAGGCACGCGCAUGCUGUCGCACUGCAUUUGAGCUUGCCAAAUUGAUAUUGAAUCUUAAUCCGGAAGUGGAUCCAUUGGCUAUAGUAUUGAUAAUUGAUUAUUAUGCACUGCGUAGCAAGCAGCAUGCUUGGCUUAUAAAAUUCUAUGAAGAAUAUGAUGUUGUACGCAAUCUAUCACAGUUGCCAAACAUGGCAUAUUCAUAUGCCCUGGCCUUAUUUUGCCAAACAGGAGAUUGUGAGAAGGCCGAUAAAGCAUUGCAAUAUGCAUUACUAAUGUUCCCGAGCGUUUUGCGUCCACUUUUGGAUGAGUUAUCUAUACAAACAGAUACACGUGUACAAGUUUCGUCUUACUUUAACCCUUCUAUAUCUGGCAGUCAAUCCCCGUCUCUGCACCAGCUUGUUUCAUUGUAUAUUUGCCGCGCUAAAGUUGUGUGGCGUCAGAAUAACAUGCUACCGUGGUUGGAGCGUAAUGUCAACACAGUUUUGGACAUUAUAGAGCGGAAGGAUGAAGUAAUAAAUGACUAUUAUCAGAAACGUGUUGUGCGUUAUGUGUCACCGCCGCGGCCAAUAUUACGGCAUGUAAUCCUCUCCGAUUACAAGGAAAAAGUGCCACUAGCACCAUUUCUUAGCAAAGAAAAGGAUCCGAUUAUGAUGUAUGAUCCAUUGCCACCACUAGACUCGGUCAAUUGUUAUGAGCGAAAAUCAUCCUCCAGCAGUCCCACAACUGGUCCAAAUCGUUCUGUGCUUAUGUUUUUUGAAUCAUUGAUGCCUUCAUUCAAUUUGAACAAUCGGGGCGGCGAGCAACAGCAACCGCAACCUUUGGAAGCUGCGCUACCAGGUGAAAAUGUUGCUCCAGUUCGAGGAAAUGAUGCGCUAGCUCCAGCUCGCGGCCAAGCUGCUGUGGCACGGGCUAACGCAGCACCAGCAGUACAAGCCAAUUUAGCUCAUGAAGACGAUGAAGUGGCGCAAGUUGAUCGCCAUCUACAAGCAUUAAAUGCUAAUUUGGAGCAAGGUGAUAUCGAAGUUGCUGCUGGAGGCACAGAAGGCGGUGCUUCUUAUCGUGAACUCACACAAUCCCUAACAAAUAUUGUCGAUGCAAUGCGUGAUUUUCUACAGAAUUUUCGCAUUGUGGAGCCCAUGCAAGCGGCUGAUGCCGAAGAGAAUGGCAGCUCGGAAGAAGAUACGAGCGAUUACUUCGAUUGAGUUGUUAUUCCUAAACGUAAGAAGUUUAAAUAGCUUUUUCCCAACAAAAACAAUUUUCUAUUAUGGUUUAAAAUUUUUAACAUGCAUACUAUAUACUAUCAACUGUUCUAAAAAAUGAAGCACAGAAAAAUAUUUUUGAACUCUGAACAAAAACCCGUCGAAUGGAAAAGCCUUUUGGAACUUGCUUUACAUAUAGCGAAAGAAAUUUGAAUUAAAAUUUGUUGAAAAAAAAAAAAA